UCUUCUUUUGUUAUUCUUGGUCUUACAUCUUGGCUUUUACUAGUUAUUAUAUAGUGUCUUGUAUUAUAAUACAGGCUACAGCCACGCGUGUUCAUUAAUACCAUUCUUACUUUAACUUACCUUCAUUUUUCCUUCUCAUCGUUAAGUUUACGGUAAUCAUCUUUUUUUUUUAUCUCUAGAUAUCAUAAAUAGAUCACCAUUUACUGUUACAGGGGCCAAUACACCAUACACAAAAAGUUUAUGUAUGACAUUCCAUCGGUUCUUAAAGUUUCAUCAUUGUUGUAGUGGAGGUUUCUAUGCCUAAUUAUAUAUUAUAUAUCUAUAAUCCUGAAGAAGUAUACUUCAUCAACUACUACUACUACUACUACUAUUAGUUUAAACAUGGACAGGCCCAUCUCUGAUUCAUCUACAUCGAUGAUUUUGCCCAAUCCACAUUACUCACAACCAUCUCAAUCUCCAGGUCUACCUUCAAAACCCAGUGCAAAUUCUUCAAAUCCUUCAAAUCCUUCUGCAUCAUUAAUAAGUGAAUCUGCCAUGUCAAAUCAUUCUUCAACUACUGAUUUAACAUUAACUGGAACUUCAAUAUCUGGUAGAAAAGCUGCUCGUUCACUUCGAUUAUUUCGUCAUCCUACUUCAUCAAUUAAUGGUACAUCUGAAGAUGAUAAUUCUCAUCCUCGUGGUGAUAAUACAAUAUCUUUAGAAACUCAAGAUACUAUAACAACUAAUACAUAUAAAUCAUCUCCUCUUAGUUCCAAUGAACCAUUAAUUCCUGAUGAUAUAGUUAAAGUAGAUACUCAAACCAUUGGCCUUGAACCUGUCUCUUCUGCAACUUACUUUCCUCAUACUCCAGCAGAUCAAAAAUCAGAUAUCUUUAAUUAUGAUACUUCAACUACUAUUACUAGAAAUCAUGAAUCAAUUGUCACCAUUCCUUCUAAUCAACUUAAUAAUCAUAUAGAUCACCAUAAACAUGAACUUAUUAAUGAUUCAUAUAAACAUCUACAGCAUCUUACAGCCGAUGUUGAAUUCGAUCAUCUGUCAAAUGGUGAUAUAACUAAUGUUAAUGUUAAUGAUACUGUUCUAAAGGAUCAACCAGAUUCUACUAAUAAUUCAACUACUACUAAUUCUAAGAAAUUUGUAGAUUUUGAGAAAACUAUCCUUAAAUUAUCUAGAUCAUCAUCACCAAUAUUGGAAAUCAAGCAUUAUAAGGAUGAUAUAAAUACUAAUCAAAUUGAAUCCAUUACCAAUGAUAAUACUCAUCAACCUCAUGAACAUCAACAACGAUACCAACAACAUCCUCAUUCGCCUCAAUUGAAUGAAUCCUUCCCCCUAGCUGUUGAAUUACGACCAUUUAAAAAUAAAGUAGGUGGUCAUACAGCGAUCUUUAGCUUUUCUAAACGAGCAGUAUGUAAAGCAUUGGUUAAUAGAGAAAAUUUAUUUUAUGAAACUGUGGAAUUAAAGCAUCAAGAAUUAUUAAAUUUUAUGCCCAAAUAUAUUGGAGUACUUAAUGUUCGUUAUUCUAGUUUAAUUUCUGAAAAUGCUUAUGAUUUUGAGGAUGAUAAUGGUAAUAAUACUUCUGUAAAUAAUAAUAAUAAUAUUAAUAAUAUUAAUAAUAAUAGCAUCACUAUAAAUGAAGAAAGAGAUAAUUCUAAUAAUAAUUAUAAUAGAGAUAAAUCUGAAAUUGUUGAAGAAUUUGUUCCAUUAAAGAAAAAGAAAUCUAUUUCAAGAUUUAAUAGUCCUCGAGGGAUAGAAAUUAAACGAAAACAAAUGUUACUGCAAGAUUAUGAACUUGAAGAAAAUGAAUUACCUCCAGAAGUUGUAUUGGAUGAUAAUAAACAUAUUAUACCUGAUUCAUUAUGGCAUCAUUAUUCUAAUUCUUUACCUUCACCUGAUCCAGAUUCAAUUGUUAAUGGUGAAGCUCCAUCUUCUGUAGGCGGAGCAUUUUCUGUAAAUAAUAGUUUUCAUAAUAGUUUUCAUAAUAAUUCAGUAUCUUCUUCAAUAAAUUCUCCUGGUCUUAAUAGUGGGAAUUUUAGUAAUCUUGGUGCUACAUCAGUUAAUAUUGAUUUACAAGUUCAAGUUUUACAAGAAGUUUUCAAUCCAACUUUAAAAUUACAAAGUGGUAAUAAUAAUAAUUCUAAUUUACCAACUACAAAUAACCCUCAUGAUGAUAUAUUUGCUAUGGAUGAUGAAGAAUCUAAGCAACAUCUGGAUUAUUCAGUAGUUUCUUCACCCAAUUUACAACCUAUAUUAAAUUCUAAUAAUUCAUCUUUAGAUAAUGAUAAUAAUCAAAAGAAUGAAAAUGUGACUGAAAAUGAAAAUGUGACUGAAGAAUUUGGUGGUCCCUUACCAAUAUUAAGAAAACAUACAAGAUUUGAAAGAUUUAUAUUAUUAGAAGAUUUAACUACAAAUUUAAAAACUCCAUGUGUAUUAGAUUUAAAAAUGGGGACAAGACAAUAUGGAAUUGAAGCAAGUGAAUCUAAACAAAAAUCUCAAAGAAGUAAAUGUUUAUCAACUACAUCAAGAAAAUUAGGUGUAAGAGUUUGUGGAUUACAAAUAUUUAAACGAAAUGAUAUAAAGAAUCAACAUAUUAUAAAGGAUAAAUAUUUUGGUAGAAGACUUAAAAUUGGUAUACAAUUUUGUAAAAUAUUAACUAAAUUUUUAUAUAAUGGUCGAGAUAAUUAUUCAAUUUUACUGAAAAUUCCGACUUUAAUUAUUCAAUUACAAGAAUUAUAUUCAAUAUUUUCAACAUUAAUUGGUUAUAGAAUGUAUGGAUCUUCGAUUUUAUUAAUGUAUGAUGGUGGAGAUAAUAAUGAUAAUGAUAUAAAAGUUCGAAUUAUUGAUUUUGCUCAAUCAGUUAUACCUGAUCUGGAAAUUAUUAAUCCAACAAUUCCACCUUAUCAUCCAAAUUUACCCGAUAUGGGAUAUUUAAGAGGAUUAAAUUCUCUUAUAAAUUAUUUUAAAAUUAUAUUUAAAAUUGUAAGUAAUGGUUAUUCAUAUACUAAUGCCAAUGAAGCUAUUGAAUUUUUAAAAGUUAACAAACAAUUAUUCCUUAAUAAUAAUCCAUGGUUAGAUAAUUAUGCUGAAAAUGAAAAUAAAAAUGAUGGAGGAAUAAAUGAUCCAAUAGAUCCAAAUGAUCCAUUUGAUAUUGAAUAUCAUGGAUUUAUGGAUGAUGAUGAUGAUGAAGGAGUUAUUUCUGAUUAAGGAUGUGAGUGACGAUGUAAGUGUGGAUGUGUUUUGUGAUUAACUGUUUGUGUAUGUAUAUUUAAUUGUGUUAGCAUCUCUUUCUUUGUAUAGUAUUAAUAUUAAUAUUUAAUCGGUAUCUAUUUAGUAAAUGCAAAAGGUGAUUGAUCAGUAAAGAUAUCUAUAGUAUCAAUUGAUCGAAGUAAUGGUUCAUUCCAAUACCAUGAUAAGAAAAGUGACAUACUAACUAACAUGAUCAGAGUUAAAUAACAAC